AUGGAUAUUAUGAACGACAAUUUGCAAGAAGGACAAUUUGGAGAUUGGAUCAAAGCACCAGUGACUUUUACUUCUUCUCAGAACAGUCAAACCACAUGGGCUGGCACAAAUGGAGAGAAUAUUGAGUCCAUAAUCCACAAUUCAGAUGGUUCAGUAGCUAGAUCAACUGAGGAUGGAGAGAAAGGGGAGGAUAACAGAGAAUCAGUUGAUGUAAGGGAGAAUGCAAGUGGAAUAGAUAAGCAGAUACCAAAAUCAAAGAAGAUGGUGAGGGAGCAUAGUAAGGAGAAAAAUACAGGGGACAUGGAGAUUGAAGUAGUGGGAGAAAGACAUAAGGCGGUGGUGGAGGUCGGAGAGGGUGGCAUAGCGAUCGACGACGAUGAUGCGAGUAUCGACGCCGACGUAGCUGAGGGCCUUGUUGUGGGGGCGGGGGACGAUGCGGCCACCAUAGCCGCACAUCAGGCGAAGCUUCGACGACGGAGGGGUGGCGUGGCCGGAGUUCGUGUAGGCCGCCGACGUUUAGGGGGUGAUGGAGGGAAUUGGGGGAGUGGUGGGGCCUCCAUGGAGGAAGUUGGACCGUUGGAAAAAAUGAGAUAG